GCGUUGACUGACAGGCGCACACAUACACACUCGGCCACGCGCGCGCCUCCUGGUUCCACUCACGCAGCGAGGUUCUGCGCGGGCCGCAUUGUCCGCCGCGAGCGCAGCUCACGCCCGCCAGCUUCGUCCAGCGCCGCCGCUACCCGUGCGCCCCGGGACCGCGGCGCCGAGCGCUGGUGGCGGGAUUCUGACACGGGAAGGGGGCGCGCCCGGGCGUCGCUGCGGGCCUCCGACGCCUCCGGCCUCGCGCGGAGCAGCCGCGGCAGCAGACUCUCUUUAGGGGAAGGUUCCCCAUCCCGCCUCAUUAUGUCUCGGCGAAGCCAGCGCCUCACGCGCUACUCCCAGGGUGAUGACGACGGCAGCAGCAGCAGUGGCGGGAGCUCAGUGACGGGGAGCCAGAGCACCCUGUUUAAAGACAGUCCUCUCAGGACCCUGAAGAAGAAAUCCAGCAGCACGAAGCGCCUCUCCCCAACGCCACAGCGGGACCCCUCCUCGGACACACACACCUCCUACUACGAGGAGUCCGUGGUCAAGGAGUCCUACUUUGGUAGCCCCCGGGCCAUCUCCCUUGCCAGGAACUCCAUCCUUAAUGACCAGCUACACAGUGACUCCUACUGGAGUGAUGACCUCCGGGUGAGGAGGAGGAGAGGCACAGGUGGCACCGAGAGCAGCAAAAUCAACGGCCUAGCAGAGACCAAGCUGUCCGAGGACUUCCUCGGGUCUUCUUCGGGCUACUCUUCUGAGGAUGACUACGCAGGAUACUCAGAGACGGACCAGUGGAGUUCAGGUUCACGGCUGAGGAACACUGUCUCCCGGGCAGGCUCUUUUUUCUGGACAGUGGUCACUUUUCCAGGCCGGCUUUUCGGACUCUUGUACUGGUGGGUCGGCACCACUUGGUAUCGCCUGACGACAGCUGCCUCUCUCCUCGACGUCUUCGUUUUAACCAGGCGCUUCUCAUCCCUGAAGACCUUCCUGUGGUUCCUCUUACUGCUGCUGCUCCUGACUGGCCUGACCUACGGUGCUUGGUAUUUCUACCCCUAUGGGCUGCAGACAUUCCACCCCGCUGUGGUUUCCUGGUGGGCCGCGAAGGGCAGUGGCCAGCAGCAUGGAGUGUGGGAGUCCAGAGACGCGUCCCCACAUUUCCAGGCUGAGCAGCGCAUUCUGUCCCGGGUACACUCUCUGGAGCGGCGCCUGGAAGCUCUUGCUGCCGAGUUUUCCUCCAAUUGGCAGAAGGAAGCCAUGCGGCUGGAACGCUUGGAGCUGCGGCAAGGGGCCGCUGGCGAGGGAGGCGGGGGCAGCCUGAGCCAUGACGACACCCUGGUGCUCCUGGAGGGGCUGGUGAGCCGCCGCGAGGCUGCCCUGAAGGAGGGCUUCCGCAGGGACACCGCUGCCCAGAUCCAGGAGGAACUGGUCACCCUGAGAGCAGAACAUCAACAAGACUCAGAAGACCUCUUCAAGAAGAUUGUCCAGGCCUCCCAGGAGUCUGAGGCUCGACUCCAGCAGCUGAAGUCUGAGUGGCACAGGAUGACCCAGGAGUCGUUCCGGGAGAGCUCCAUGAAGGAGCUGGGGCGGCUGGAGGGUCAGCUGGCAGGCCUGCGGCAGGAGCUGGCAGCGCUGACUCUGAAGCAGGACUCCAUGGCGGACCAAGUGGGCCUGCUGCCCCAGCAGCUCCAGGCCGUGCGGGAUGACGUGGAGUCUCAGUUCCCUGCCUGGGUCAGUCAGUUCCUUCUCCGAGGCGGGGGGACCCGCACUGGGCUCCUUCAGCGAGAGGAGAUGCAAGCUCAGCUGCAGGAGCUGGAGAGCAAGAUCCUCGCGCACGUGGCCGAGAUGCAGGGCAAGUCGGCGAAGGAGGCCGCGGCCAGCCUGGGGCGGACACUGCAGAAGGCAGGCGUGGUUGGGGUGACAGAGGAGGACGUGCACCGCGUUGUAAGCCAGGCCCUGAAGCGCUACAGUGAAGACCGCAUCGGGAUGGUGGACUACGCGCUGGAAUCAGGAGGGGCCAGUGUUAUCAGUACCCGAUGUUCCGAGACCUACGAGACCAAGACGGCCCUCCUCAGCCUGUUUGGCAUCCCCCUGUGGUACCACUCCCAGUCGCCUCGAGUCAUCAUCCAGCCAGAUGUGCAUCCAGGCAACUGCUGGGCCUUCCAGGGGCCGCAGGGCUUUGCUGUGGUCCGCCUCUCUGCCCGCAUCCGCCCCACUGCUGUCACCUUAGAGCAUGUGCCCAAGUCCUUGUCGCCCAACAGCACCAUCUCCAGUGCCCCCAAGGACUUCGCCGUCUUUGGGUUUGAUGAAAACCUGCAGCAGGAGGGGACGCUUCUUGGCCAGUUCACCUACGACCAGGACGGGGAGCCCAUUCAGACCUUUUACUUUCAGGACCCUAAGAUGGCCUCAUACCAGGUGGUGGAGCUGCGGGUCCUGACCAACUGGGGCCACCCGGAGUACACCUGCAUCUACCGCUUCCGGGUGCACGGGGAGCCUGCCCACUAGGCCUUCUCUGUGCUGCUGCCAGCCAGCUGGGCGGCCAGCCCCUCAGCGCGUGCCCCCUUCUCUGGGAGUGGGAGAGCAGCACCCCUGCCACUCCCCCCCACGCUUGAUCAGCGCACUUACUCCCAGGAGCAAGAACCCCUGGCCCCGUGGCGAUGAGAGAAUGUGCAGGGCUUUCCUAGUGGGCUCCAGUGUUUUAAUUCUCCGUUCUCUUCGUGCCCGGCACCGGCAUCUACUUCCGCCUCCUGGGAGGGUGUAUAUAUGUAGCAUAUCAUGCUGGAUGAGGCAGGAGGAGGGCACGAGCGAACCUUCCAGCAGCAGUGAAGCCUGACUGCCCCCUUGCCCAUGGCGGAGGGGUUGGCACCUAGGAAGCUCUGUUGGGAGGUGUGUGAAUGAUACAUGUGCCAAAGCCAUGGGUGGGCCAAGCUAGGGCCUGAGGCAGGGAGGUGAGGCCCUCUGGGGAGGGUGCUCACCGCACAGGUUGGGACUGGGCAGCAGGCAGGAAGCCAGUGCCAUCAGCCUAGGGGAGCCUGGCCCUUAAGGUCCUUGAAGGGAUUCUGUACUGUCUUUGUCCUGGGCCAAGGUGGGCUUUGGGGCGUCUUGUUCCCUAGAGGGGCUGGCUCUUGUAAGCCUCUGAGGGGCCCAGGGGCCAACCCCGUAGGAUCCCGUUCUGGGGACAGUAGUUGCUUUUUCUCUUGAUGCUGGGAUUGGGGCAUGCCUGUGCCCCAGAGCAAGCCUGCCACAUUCUCCCAGGGCACAGGAAGCCCAGACCUAUCCCUUGAGGCCAUAAGCAUCCAGGGCCCGCUAAAAGGGUGGGAGCAGGGGACUCCCUGGGUUCUCCUGGUGGCCCAGUGAUGAGUGAUAUUCAGGAUGUCAUGAUGGGAGGUCUGUCUGCACUGUGGGCCCUGCCCUACCUUCAUCACAAUCAGUCCCUGAUGUAAGGGGCCUCAGCUGCCCCUUUGGGGCUCCUUUCAGCUCUUGCUCAAUGCUGUUUCCUUUCUGGCUUUUUUCUAUGGGGGGUGGGGUAGGAAGGGGGCCUGAGGUGGGGGCUUUUUGACCCAGCAGGUCCUGAGUAUUAUGUAAAUAUUUUUCAAGGUCUGUUUUUUAACUGAAAAGCUAAGGGCUUGAUUCUUAGCCCCGUUCUGUGGGGCAUUGGGUGAUUUCAAUUUCUUGUAACCCGGCUGCCAAGAGGGGCUACCAUGCAGGCAGGUGCCCUUGGAAACAGGGCACGCUCUGAGUGGCUCCCGCACGAUGCUGGAAUGAAGGUGAGGCCCCAGGCCAUCCUGGGCUCCUCCAGCACUGGCCCCUUGCACAGCCUCUGCCCCCAACCAGGUUUCAUUUUGUGCUCUUCUGUCACAAAUGCUGCACUAUUGGGUUCUUAAUUUUUUAUCUCAAUUCUAAUUUAUGCCUAUGCAAAAAAUAAAUCGUGCCCAGGA